CGGGCCGAGGGCCGGCCGGGGGCGGGGCGGGCUGCGCGAGUGCGGGCGCGCGGGUGACAGGUGCGCGGGGCGAGGGCAGCGGCGGCGGUCUGAGACCUGAGGGAGGAGACGCGGCGGCGGCGGCGAUGCUGGAGACCUUGCGGGAGCGGCUGCUGAGCGUGCAGCAGGAUUUCACCUCCGGGUUGAAGACUUUAAGUGACAAGUCAAGAGAAGCUAAAGUAAAAAGCAAACCAAGGACUGUUUCAUAUUUGCCAAAGUACUCUGCUGGAUUGGAAUUACUUAGCAGGUAUGAAGAUACAUGGGCUGCACUUCACAGAAGAGCCAAGGAAUGUGCAAGUGCUGGAGAGCUGGUGGAUAGCGAGGUGGUUAUGCUUUCAGCACACUGGGAAAAAAAGAAGACGAGCCUAAUAGAGUUACAGGAGCAGCUUCAGCAGCUUCCCGGUUUAAUAGCAGAUUUAGAAUCCAUGACAGCAAAUCUGAUGCAUUUAGAAACUAGUUUUGAGGAAGUAGAAAACCACCUGCUGAAUCUGGAGGAUUUAUGUGCACAGUGUGAAUUAGAAAGAUGCAAACACACGCAGUCCCAACAACUGGAAAAUUACAAGAAAAAUAAGAGGAAGGAACUUGAAACCUUCAAAGCGGAACUAGAUGCCGAGCACACCCAGAAGGUCCUGGAAAUGGAACACACCCAGCAAAUGAAGCUGAAGGAGCGGCAGAAGUUUUUUGAGGAAGCCUUCCAGCAGGACAUGGAGCAGUACCUUUCCACAGGCUACCUGCAGAUAGAGAGGCGAGAGCCCAUGGGGAGCAUGUCAUCCAUGGAGGUGAAUGUCGACAUGCUGGAGCAGAUGGACCUGAUGGACAUGAACGACCAGGAGGCCCUGGAUGUAUUUUUGAAUUCAGGAGAAGAUAAUGCCGUGCUGUCCCCCGUCUUAGGGCCUGAAUCAAAUACUGGUCAGGAUGAAAUUACUCUCCCGGUUCCAAAUCUCUUGGAAUUACGAGCCCAGCCACCUUCUUUAUCUUCCACCUGCACUGACCCAGCCGCCCAGGACUCCAGUGAAGGUGGGGAGUCCCCCGUCGUUCAGUCUGAUGAGGAGGGAGUUGAAGUGGACACUGCCCUGGCCACUUUACACAGUGACGACAGCGACUCCUAAACCCGCAUCGCACCCCGAGCACCGCUGAGAAGACCCAGCUGUGCAGAAUCCCACUGAAGGCAGGCGGUUGACAGGGGCUCUUGAUUGUCACACAAUUGCCAGUAAUUUCUGAGAAACUGACUGAAAGAAAAGCUAACAAUAAAGUUUGAGGACUUUAACUGAGGGAGUCCAUGGCCAGUUUGUACAGAAAGGCUUCCACACACAUGCAUCCUUCAGGCUUUAGGGGGCAGGAAGGGCAACUGGGGUCCACGCAGGCCACCAAGGAGCCCGCAGGGCUGGCGGGGCCGGGAAAUGUGGUCUCCACGUGGCCUCGGCAAGAAAAGGACCUUCACAGACAGAAAACCCUGCUUCCUCCAAAACCUAACUGCAGUUAAACUCAGCGCUAACAAAAGUGGGUUUUUGUCACAAAACUAUUAACAGCUCAACAGCUAACCCGCGUUAACAGCAGAGCACACAUCUGGGUCCACAGGAAAACAAACCAAGCAGUACGCCGUUCUUACUCCUGACAAGGAUGGGGUUUCCUGUCUGCAUUCCUCACAGCCCGGCACCUGGCGAGAGGCGCCUCUCCCUCCCUCAGGAUGAGGGACGCCUCGCACCAGCCCCGGGGCGGCCCAGCCCUGUCCUUGCUGCUGCCAGUGCCUCCGCAGGAAACAAGAGGCAAGAAGCAGGCAUUUGGUUUUGCUCGAAGGGGAUUCAAACCGCCAGCAGUUGAGGAAGGUGAGCCGAGUCAGGCUGUGUUGUCUGCCACUCAGGCCGAGGGAGGACUCUUGCCCUCCACCCAUUUACUGGAAAAGAAAGCUCAUUUCAUUCACUCAUCUUCCACAAGACAAAUGUCAAAAAAACUUUGUUUUUAUUAUUAAACCUUGUAGUACAAACCUGAAAAGUAAACAAAAAACUGUCAAUAAACAACAUGAAGUCUUCCCUCCCAAGGGAGGAGUGCAGAGCAGCGCUAAUAAAUUAAAUGUCAAACUGUAAGCCAUAGGCAGAAGUUUACUGUCAAAAAGAGGGAAAGUACACAGCAAGGCCAUAAAAACCGGACAACCACAUUGGAAAACACUUGACUCCGUUUAUGUAACUGUUAAAUAUUCCAAAACAGUUCAGUCUCUGCAACAACAACCAACAAAGUGGAUCACAGGACGUUCCUGACAGUCCCACUGGCAAGCUCAGUGCAGUAUGGGUAGCUACGGGAUCGAUGAAUCCAAUUAUGAAACAAAGAACAGCUUGUGAAAACAGUUUCCCUUCUUUAUUCCACACAUACUGUACACACAACUGGAGAAGGGCAACAGCUACUCCAUUAUUAUUUUUGUGUUGUUGUUCAGUGAUGUAAGCAGCACUUAUAAAUGUUACAAGAAAAACCCUGUAAGCAUCCAAUCCAACCGAUGAAGAAACUGAAAUGUAAGGCUUUUCUUCAUCUUGUCUUCUCACCCCCCUCCCCACGCCCACUGAGAAAAAGGCUCAAGUAUUUAAAACAAUUUACAGGCAUAUGUACAAAAGGAUGGGAUUCUUUUUUUUUUUUCUUUUUGUUACAACAUGAAGAGAAAAAUAGACAAGAUGAGCACAAAUGCAUUUUCACAUUCAAAAAGAACUGCAGACCUCCUAGUGGCUCUAAGUAUGAUCCUAAACGAAACAAAUUUAACAAGAAGAUUAAUGCUGACUUGUGAGGUGUGAAACAAGCAGUGAGAUGAGAUGGAAUGUUAGAAAGAUUGCACGUCUAUGACAAAGAAGCACUUACGGCUUCAAUCACUUUUUUUCUUUUUCUUCCCUUAAGGAUGCUAUUGAAGGGUUUUUUGAUAAAGUAGCCAACAGCACCAAAAAAAUAACAGAAUGGAUUUCCUAAUGAAAUCAGGCACAGGUUUCCGCACGGGACCCCUCCGAGACAGGCAGUCUUUUUCUUCUCUCUCUUCUUUUUUCCUUAGAUGCAUAGUGAUGUGCUGGUAAGGAGAACCUCGUCACUCAAAUCUCCUCAUUUUGUCUAUGGUUAGGAAACAAUGUCCGCCUUCAGCUGCCACAACCGCCCAGAGAAACAAAAUGGGGUUCUCCGAUUUUAAAAGUUACAAACUCAUCUUGCACAUGACUGAAGAAAAGACAGCCAAAGUAAAGCCAUUUCUUUUCAAGUUU